AUGGCUAAAAAAAUCUUACUCAUCAACGGUCCUAACUUGAACUUGCUUGGAUCUAGAGAGCCUGAAAAGUAUGGCACCACGACUUUGGUCGAUAUUGAACAAGCAGCCAAGGAUCAGGCUAGCAAAUACGGUGCUGAGGUGCUUGCUUUCCAGAGUAAUACAGAGGGACAUAUAGUUGACAGAAUACAUCAAGCCGCCAAAGAAAAGGUCGAUUUCAUUGUGAUCAAUGCUGGUGCCUACACGCACACUUCAGUUGCCAUUAGAGAUGCUUUGUUGGGCAUUGCUGUGCCAUUCAUUGAGGUUCACAUCACUAAUGUACAUCGCAGAGAACCUUUCAGACACCAUCUGUAUCUCCUGGAUGUGUCUGUUGCCGUAAUUGCAGGCUUAGGUGCGUACGGAUACACAGCAGCUAUUCAGUAUGCCCUCGACAAUCAAUGA